AUGACCGCCUCGACGUGGUCUGCGACACAGCCGUGGACGCACACACCGACGGUGGUGGCGGUGCACGGCUUCUUCUCCUUCGUGGAGCUGUGCCUCGGGCUGGGCGCCAUCCUCUACCGAGACAACCCGCUCUGGGCGCGGUCGGCGGCGGCGGUGGCGCUCUUCAUCAACGUGCCGACUGGCGCGCUGCUCACGCCGCGCGUGGGCAUCAGGCACCUGAUCAUCCCCGUGUUUGGGCUGUACGGCGUGCUGCGCGCGCUGGAGGCGUUCAAGGUGCUCUACCUCGACCACCGCCUGCUGCCGAACCUCUGGAUCCUCGCAAACGGCGGCACCGCCGUCCGGCUGGUCGGGUACUACGUGACGCCGUACUCUUCGACCGACGGCGCGCGCGGCGACCUCUUCACCGAGCCGCUGUGCUACACGUUCACGAUCCUGCUGUCGGGGUACCUCGUCUUCGCCUUCGUCUACCCGCCCGUCUGGCUCCUCCUCUCCCUCGGCAUCUAUGCCAUCGCGCACCACGUCUGGCCGCCGCAGGACGCGUACCCGGUCGGCGCCGAGAAGAGCGAGAAGGACCUCCUCGCCGAGACCUCGCGCCGCUCCUACAUGCCGCGCGUCCUCUCCGACAACACGCUCGCAAACAUGCCCGCACCGUCGCCAGAGCUGUCGCACGGCCUGCUCAACGCCGGCUUCGCGUCGGCGAUGUGCGCCGUGAUCGCGCACUCGUGGGCGCGCGGCGAGUUCCUCCCCUUCGCGCGCCUGAUGCUGCAGCACGCCUCCCAGUUCCCCAACCACUACCAGCCCAUGUUCGACUUCCCAGCCACGCCGAUGCGGCCAAUCACGGCAAUCGCAACCUACCUCGUCACC